UAUGGAUGUAAACAGGGAAGCAAUUUUGGAGAAGGAGAGAAUGGGUGAGAAGGAUUUAAAUUUGGAAGGUGACAAAGAUGCCUUAGAAGCAGUUUUAAGUCACAUAGGAGAAAUGGGCAGAUAUCAGAAAUUGCUAUUCCUGGCUAUGGGACCACUUGGCUUCACGUUUGCCUUCGUCUACUUCAUACAGAUGUUUAUUACUGCGACACCGCAGAACCACUGGUGCCACGUACCUGAAAUGGAACAUUUAAAUGCAGAAUUAAGACGAAAUUUAUCAAUACCAAAAACUUUAACAGGGGAUUACGAGCGCUGCUUAAUAUACAAUGCUAAUUGGAGUCAAGUGCUGGAGACCAUGACGCCGCCUCACCCAGAUACUCCGACGAAACGUUGCCCACAUGGUUGGGAAUUCCAUCUAAGUGAUAUUCCGUUUCACACAGUUGUCAGUGAGAGAGGCUGGGUUUGUGAACACGCUAAAAAAGUGCCAAUUUCGUCGGCAACUUUUUUUGCGGGCUCCAUUGUUGGAACGCUUUUGUUUGGAUCGUUAGCAGACGUGUUUGGUAGAGUACCCGCUUUGAUUGGAGCAAAUUUAAUAGGAUGUUUCGGAGGAAUUGCAAGCGUCUUCACAAAUAGCUUCUGGGAUUAUGCUCUUUGCCGGUUUCUCGUUGGCCUCUCUUACGACAGCUGUUUUAUGAUGAUGUAUAUUUUAGCACUGGAGUACGUAGGAUCUGGCCAUCGAACUUGGGUGGCGAACAUGUCUAUAGCCAUUUACUUUGGAGGCGCAUGCAUGGUACUACCAUGGUUAGCAAUCUGGAUUUCCGACUGGAGAAAACUGGUGCUGGCGACAUCACUGCCUAUGCUGAUCGUCCUUGCUGCGCCUUGUGUUGUGCCUGAGAGCGCCCGAUGGUUGGCAUCACGACGGAGAACAGACAAAGCCCUAGCAGUUUUGAGGAAAUUCGAAAGAGUAAACAAAAGAAAAAUUCCACAAGAUUUAUUAGAUGAAUUUAUUCUAUCAACAAAUCGGCGUAAGACAUCUGACGAAACAGUGACCGUGACUACUCUAUUCACAUCUCCUCGACUUCGCACGAUGGUGUUACUCAUGGUAGUCUCUUAUAUAUCAAUUGCCAUAGUCUUUGAUGGCUUGGUCCGUAUGUCUGAAAAUAUGGGUCUGGAUUUUUUUAUCACCUUCACUCUAGCUGCUGCAACAGAGAUACCUUCUCUUGUUUUGCUUACGUUCGUUCUUGACAGAUGGGGUCGGCGAUUUCUCAUGUGUGGAUCCGUUACGUUCGCUGGUGUGAUGACUGUAAUAGCAGCUUUUGUACCUAAAGGUUUACCACAAGCAGGUUUGGCGAUUUGUGCACGGUUCUUCGUAAAUAUGUCAUUCAACACGAUAAUGCAGUGGUCAACAGAGGUGCUGCCUACGCCUGUACGCGCCUCUGGCACUUCUAUAAUGCACGUCAGUGGUUUCGCUGGUGGUCUGAUCUCACCAUUUGUGGUUUAUUCCGAACGAAUGUGGGCACCGCUCCCUCUGCUAGUAAUGGGCAUUACGUCCCUGCUAGCAUGUGGUAUGGGUAUCAUGCUCCCUGAGACUAUGGGCCGUAGAUUACCCCAGACAACGGCUGAUGGGGAAUUGCUUAUCAACAAUUAUUCUUUAUGUGGCUCUAAACUGGAUGCCGAGGAUAGUGACACUGUUAACGCGUAACACCAUCAAACGGCAUCGCGAUUAAACUAGGACCACGGCGCGAUGAUGAUGAUGAUAUAACUUGCUACAAUACGCAUUGUUUUUUUUAAUAAUUUUUAAAAUAAAUGCAUUGCAGUCAAAGUAAUCAAAAUAAUUCGUUGAAGAUUCCAUUAUAAUUCCCAAUCAAAGGAAAGAAAACCUACCUGGCUGCCUACGGGCAAACAUCAACAUAUUGGACCUUCUUCGAUCCUCACGGAACCAGCAUCAAACGGUCAGGCCAGUUAACCUUACUAAUUCCUGUCCCAAUCCCAAGUUCAAUUGUGCUAAUAUCGUGUUUCGUCAAAAUUCCCGUGUGCAUAAUAUAUGGUUGCAUCAUCCGAUAUCUACCUUCGCGUGUGAGUUUUUGUGUCGCUUCGCGCUGCGGAUAAACUGUAAGUUUACUUUUGUUUCCGUAAACCACUUUAUGGGAGGCAGGAGUGAAAUCUUGCAAAUUUCACAUCCGACGUGUCUUAGGAAAUGCAAAUUUAACCUAUGAAGAGUUUAGUACGAUAUUAGCGCAUUUUGAAGCCGUUUUGAACUCCCGUCUGAUGUCUCCUUUAUCCGCAGACUCCAAUGAGCUUCGUCCCCUUAGCCCAGCACACUUCCUAAUUGGCCAACCGCUCACCACGCCAACGGCAGAAGACGUGACGUCCACGCCUCCUCAUCGCUUGGCGCGUUAUGAGCGCGUGAAGCAAAUGUGGCAACAAUUCUGGCAGAGAUGGUCCAAAGAGUAUAUAUCAGAAUUACAAGUCCGGACAAAAUGGCAGACUACAAAGGAAGACAUCAAACCAGAUACUCUAGUACUUACCAAAGAAGAUAAUCUGCCACCGCUCAAAUGGCGGCUAGGAAGAAUGCUACACACAUUCACUGGCACGGACGGUAUGUCUCGUGUUGCAAACAUCAAAACUGCAACCGGGACGGUUCGUCGGGCAUUCUCUAAAAUAUGCCCACUACUUCGUGAAUCUGAUGACUAAAGGGUGAACUGCACCUUACGCAUUCACUGCUCGACAAGCUCACCAUGUUGCCACAUCGUUUCCAUCGAGUCGUCUCUUCGUUGGAAGCAGCCAAAGCUUCCAUGGCGGGCGGCUUAUGUUAACGCAUAACGCCAUCAAGCCACAUCGCGAUCAAACUCGGACUACGGCGGGACCAGGCGAGCGGCGCGAGGGGAAAUCAAGGGUCAUCAUUCGACGAUAUAACUUGCUACAAUACGCAUUGUUUUUUUCUAUAUAAUUUUUAAAAUAAAUACAUUUCAGUCAAAGUAAUCAAAAUAAUUCGUUGAAGAUUCCAUUAUAAUUCCCAAUCAAAGUAAAGGAAGGAAAACCUGUCUGGCUGCCUACGGACAAGCAUCAACAGACACAAAAAGACGAUGUAAAC